UGGCAAAGUCAUCACAUACGAUGCCAACGCACCGCGCCGAGACGAGUAAUAACGAGGCGUGGCUACGCGAGCGACCACUUCUAAAGCUACCAGCGACAGCCCACACCAAGUCUCGACCAGCGCUAGUCCACGAGACCGCUGCGCAAGGCAGUCCGCACCGCAUUCACCGCAUUUUGCAGCAAGAUGGGGUGGCGCAGCUCAUUGCAAAUUGGGGUAAAACGUCGGGCUACGACUGCCCGUACCUCCCGUCGCCAACAAAGAACCGCGUGCAAACGUCGUCGCCGGCAAAGAACAGGCAAGCUCUCCAUGCGCCGUGCCACACACUACCAUCACCUCACAAACCGGCGUGGAACGCUUCCGUGUACGAGUCCAAGCGCGUCGGCAACGUUGGCAUCAUCCUGCACAACCACAAGCUCGCCAUGACGCACAGCAAGGAGCGGCUGCCUGGCCACCCCAAGUUCCUCGCACAAGUCGUGCUGCCGUUAGCCCCCGAGCUGUACGGUAUCGACUACGACAGCGACGGAGCAACUGCGUUCGAUUUCAAGGCACAUCCGCAGUGGCGCCUUCGCGUGCAUGUACUGCAUGGCGCCGGCAUCAUGGAUCCCUGUCGAUGGCGGCGCCCCCACGUCUGCAGUCGGCUCUUGCACCCGUAUGUGCAGAUCGUCGUGCCCAACGCGCCUGUUGCGACGACACCCAAGGCCUGCAACGCGCCGACCACGUCGCCCAUGUGGUCAAUGGGCUGGUUGGAGUUUAGUUUGCUCUCGAAUGCGGCCUUUCCGAGUGCAUUCGAAGUGCGGGUGCUGAACGUCUGCAACGGCAACGAGCUCGUGGUCGGCGAAGCGUCGAUCCCGCUCCAGCGCACCCGUUUCUGCGACUUUGUGCAGCUGCGCAGUCGACGUGGCAAGCCCACGGGCAGAAUCAAGCUCUUGUACCUUCUAGAAGGGACCGUGCCCCCGACGCCGCCCCCACGCAACCCCCUAUUUCCCUUUGCCGACCUCGCGACUGCAAAAGCCGCGCUGCGCAAAGUCGAUGUCCGGCCUCCGAGCGUACUCGCGCCGUCACCCACCCUUCGACGCCCCGUCGGCGACAUUGUAGCUCUCCUUGAGACCCUGCGCAGUCGGGUGCCCCCCGAACGUAUCGAGACCGAAGCGGUCUCGAAAUUGAGCGACACGGUCAUUGGCGAAGGCAUCUCUGCCGGCGUCUACAGCCUCGACGACGGCCAGCGGGUGCUCAAAGAGUUUCGGUAUGAAGAGACCCGCGGUGUGCCGCCAUAUGCUGUCGUCGCCGCCUUUGGGCGAGAGCUCGAGCUAUGGCUGUCGCUGCACCACGCCAACAUUUUGGAGCUCGAAUCUGUGCGGUUCUCGCCGCGCUUGGGGUUUGUCUCGGCGUUUAUGGCGGGAGGCAGUCUUUACGCGAGCCGGGACCGCCCAACGUGGACGCUCGUGACGCCCGUCCAGAAAGGGUACUUGGCCCUCCAAGUCGCUUGCGCGCUGGCGUACCUCCAUAAAGAGCAGAUAUUGCAUCGGGAUCUCAAGCUGCACAACGUCUUGCUCGUGGCACCGAUUCAAGACAGUGCGAGUGUGCCCGAGGCAAAGCUGUGUGAUUUUGGCAGCGCGAUUCGCCUUGGCGUGUCAAAAGCCACCGACGCGGUGGGGACGUCAGGGUACACGGCCCCCGAGGUCUUUACUGGUGACGGGUAUACGUACCCAAGUGACAUUUGGAGCUUUGGUAUCUUUCUCUGGGAGCUCUUUUGCCCAUAUCCGAACCCGCAUUCAAACCCGUUUGUGGGGCUAGCCCCCGAUGACUUUGUUGCCAAAGCCACCCACGGGCUGCGUCCGCACUUGCCGACGACUUUGGGUGGCUACGGACACGUGGUCGAAGAGUGCUGGCGCCUUAUUCCGAGCGAACGCCCGUCGGCAACCAGCCUCGUCACCACGCUUGCGGACCUCCUGCCCUCCAACGGCCCUUCGUCGUAG